AUGCCCCAGUACCACAGAGAACACUUCCCCAACAUGCCCCAGUACCACAGAGAACACUUCCCCAACAUGCCCCAGUACCACAGUGAACACUUCCCCAACAUGCCCCAGUACCACAGAGAACACUUCCCCAACAUGCCCCAGUACCACAGAGAACACUUCCCCAACAUGCCCCAGUACCACAGUGAACACUUCCCCAACAUGCCCCAGUACCACAGAGAACACUUCCCCAACAUGCCCCAGUACCACAGAGAACACUUCCCAAACAUGCCCCAGUACCACAGAGAACACUUCCCCAACAUGCCCCAGUACCGGAGAGAACACUUCCCCAACAUGCCCCAGUACCGGAGAGAACACUUCCCCAACAUGCCCCAGUACCACAGAGAACACUUCCCCAACAUGCCCCAGUACCGGUGA